CCUGCGUUCCUUCCCCAUGUCUGAAGGGUCUGUCCUGCCCUGGAACUGCAACUGCGACUCACUGAUGCGCGGGAGUGACCGCUGACUGGUCCCAGUUUAAUAACAGUUCCCGUACUUUUUUUAUUUAUUUUUUAUUUUUUGGCUGGCUUGCAAAUGAAGCGUUGUGACCGGCCGCAGAGCGCGUCAGCAGUUGGGACUGAUCUGCUGCCCGGUGAGCGCUGCAUCCCUGCGCUACGCACCCGCCGCACACUCCGCACUGAACUCUCGCGUUCCGCCUUCAUGGCACUGACUCUGUUCUGCAGGCUCCUUCAUCACUGUGUCGUCCGGUGAGGAGCGCCGCGACCAUGAGACUCAGAGACUGCCCCCGUCUUAAGUUUCCGGACCCUGAGAAUGCCAAGCAGACAGUGGGUCGUUCCUGAUCACGUUUCGCUUCAGUCACCCCACUGUCAAGACAUGCUACCAAAAGAACGUGAGAGUGAGGUCAAGGCUGCAAAGAUGGCCCUGUUUGAGCAGACCACUGCCAAAAGGAAGGAGCAGAAGGAGCCUUACAUCGCAGACCCCCCGGAUGGGGGCUGGGGCUGGAUGGUGGUGUUACACUGCUUCUUGGUGAAUGUUCUGGUGAUGGGUACCCUGAAAAGCUUUGGGAUCUUCUUUGUGGCAUUCCAGGAGGAAUUUGGGGGCUCUUCGGAGACCAUCAGCUGGAUCGGCUCCAUCAUGUCCAGCCUGCGUCUCUCUGGCGGUCCUUUGGCCUCAGUGGCUUGUGCCAAGUUGGGCAGCAGGGUGACCUCAAUUGCUGGUGCCCUGCUGGUCAGUGCAGGCUUCCUGGUGAGCAUCCUGGCCACCAGUGCAGAAUUCCUGUAUGUCAGCAUGGGGCUAGUUGUAGGUCUGGGCUUUGCACUUCUCUACCAAGCCACCUCUGUUGUCACAGCCAGCUACUUCAGAAGAAGACUAGCCACUGCAUACUCUAUUGGCCGCUCUGGAAUGGGCUUAACCUUUGCCCUGGCUCCCUUUACUCAGCUCCUCCUCGACCAAUAUGCUUGGCAAGGUGCUCUACUGAUUUUUGGAGGUCUCAUGCUGAACCUGGUGGCCUCUGGGAUGUUGCUAAGGCCUCUCACUGUAAGACCAUCUUCCUACCCAUUGUCUUCCAAAAUGCACAAAGACCAAAAAAGCAAAGUAAUAGGACCAGAGAAGGAAACACACAGGAGCUACCAAAAUGGCUCCAGCUCUUUGAUUAAGAACUUUGCCACAUGUGACCCUUCCUCUGAUACUCAGUGGGACUCUCUGUCCCCAACAAAGCCUCCUUCUCAUCUAAAUGCCUUGCAGACAGAGGAAGAACCCAUUGGGAACUAUCUGAAUGGCUGUAGCCCUUUGACUGAUGGCUUUGUCACAUUAAACCCUGACUCCGACUCCCAUCGGAGCUCUCUGGCCCCAGCAAAGUCACCUUCUUCAAGUACCUUGGAAAAACAGAAAUCAGAACUGGUCCUUAACAUUGUCACUGGUGAAGAUAUCUCAUGUAAGGCUGUGGCAGAGGUGAACUCCUUGGAACAAAAUGGAAAGCCACCAGCAAUGGGGAAUACACCUCAAAACAAGGUAGCUACUGAACAGUUCCAGAAAAAGACCCCAGUUCUGGAGUUAUCACUUUUGAAGAACCCUUUUUUUUGCAUUUACACAUGGUCAUUGGUCUUCAGUCAGCUGGCUUAUUUCAUUCCCUAUUUCCACUUGUCUGCCCGUGCAAGAAACCUUGGGAUUGACCCGAUGGAUGCAUCCUUCAUCAUCUCUGUAGCUGGGAUCACGGAGACUGUGUCCCAGCUGGCCUCUGGCUGGGUGGCAGACAGGAACCUGCUGCACAAGUAUCACUACCACAAGGCCUACCUAAUUCUGUGUGGACUGAUCAACCUGCUCUCCCCCCUGGCCACCAGCUACAUUCAGCUCAUGGUCUAUGCCAUUUUCUUUGCCAUUUUCUGUGGGGGCUACAUGGCUUUGCUCCUGCCUGUCCUGGUAGACCUGGUUGGAACAGAGAAGCUGAACAACUCAAUGGGUUUCUCCAUGUUUUUCGUGGGCCUUGGCUGCCUCACUGGUCCUCCUCUGGCAGGUUUCCUGUAUGACUACACCCAAACUUAUGACUGUUCCUUCUAUCUGGCUGGCGUGUGCUACCUGCUGUCCUCUGUCUCACUCUUCCUGGAGCCUCUAGCCCGGAGGCGGCAGGCCCAAAGCCAGAAGACUUCAGUGUUUAUACAUGCUAUGGAACAGAAGAUCUGAGAACAACCUAGCGUUGGACAGGGAUAGAGGGCACGGGUGGGUGGCAGCCUCUGAAACCUGUCCAGUCAGGUUUUCAGAUGGGCUGCUGUGAACUAGCCUCGGAGAAAUCAACAGACUGAAAGAAACCGAGAUGAAUAUAACCUGACAGAUGCAAGGAGAGAAGAAACUUUUCACCCAGCUGCAGAAAAUGGAUCAUUUGAAUGCAAGCCAAAUGAACAUGUGUUACACAGUGUGCAAAUGUUGCUCUUGUUUGUCUUUUUUCCAUGAGUUUUGACUCUCGGUGAUGUUGGCUGCUCUUGAAAGCCCAGUUGUAACUUUUGUUUAAUACUUCCUUCACAGUGGGAAAGAGGUGAUAGAUCUGAAAAAAUAGCAUUUAAAAAUAGAAGUAAAAAAAAGGCAUUCUGUUUAAAAAAAAAAAAUUAAAUCCAUACUCUGCAUUGCAUGUAUCGUGGCAUAGAUUCAGAUCCAUGAUUUCCCUAUGGUUGUCAGCUGUCAUGGGCAGUCACAUGCAGAUGUGCACUUCAGUUUUACACUAGAAAUCAGUCUGCUCAUAUCUGGCCCUCUGAACUGCACUUCACUGUACACUGAUAAUCAGUAAGUUACCACAGCUGCUUGGGCAUUUUACUCCUGUGAAAGAACCCAUGAAUGUACAUGUCUUCCAAUUCCAUCUCUUGAAAGGUGGGGGGGAACUUGCCUAUUACUUCAGAUCAUUGUGGAUUAAUAAGCAUCUCUGCAGCGAAUUUAUCCUGCUGUUGAAACAAGGGGAAUCAGGUCUGGAGGUGGGAUGGGGUUCUGCUUUAACUAUGAAAAGGCCAGAGGUGGGUGAGUAAAGUUCCCAAGAGCUGCAGAGUUUCCUACCUCACCUUUUGAUAAGUUCCACCGUUCUUGAAAAUCACAUCUAGCGCUACAGGUGUAAUUUUGUCAAUUAAACAGAAAGAUUAAUUAUUGGACUACAAGACACCAGAACUGAAGUUAUGGUACACAGACACCAUUGCCUUCGAUAUCCCAGCUUUAGUGGAACAAGUAAGAAUAUGUUCAAUAAGUCCCACAUAAAAAUCUGAUAGUAAUGAUGUCUGAAAAUUUGCGUAAAAUAUAACACAAAACACGCUGUUUAAAUUUUUUGUCCUCUCACUGUAGAAAUGGCAUUAAAUCCGUAAAGUAUUACAUCAUUUUACUUUACAGUUCAUUGGUGACAUUCCACUUUACUACCCCAGUAAUAGCUAAUAAUUUUAACCCGAGUGGCAAGAAACCGGACAAAAUUAUUUUCAAGCAUUAGACAAAAAUAUUUGUUAAUUUCCUCAGUAGUUCUGGUUUAAGUGCAUUUGCGAUUAUUGGGGUGUUCAGCUAAUAAUAAUACUCUGACUACACUGCUGUCAUUAGACAUACUUUCCCAUUUUUCUUUUGUAUUUAUGGUAGUUAAAUGCUUUGUUGAUCAUCCCACUGAGAAUACACACUUGCUUUGUUUGGGAAAACAAGUCUAGAAGAGAAGUGGCAAUGAGUAAUAUUAUUCUGAGUGAAAAAAAAUAAUUUGACUCAAAGUGUUCUUUUUUCAUUAAUUAUGACAGAUCUUUAACAAAAUGUAGACAAGGCUUAAAAUAAAAUAAGACCACUUUGAUCUUUUGCAUGACACUCAUGCCUUUAAAUAAGACGAGCAAAGGUUAAAUUUUAAAAAUUACCCUAAUAGCUAGAUUUUGCAACAUAAUUUCAGUUCAAGAAAUACAGUACCUUCAAAAGUAUUGACUCCCCUUGAUAGUUAGCACCAUUUUCUGUUUCAAAAGAUACAUACACAUAUUCUUCUAAGUAUUUUUAUUGUAAACCU